UCGCAAUUCGCACCACCACCACCACCUCCAGAUCCAACCCGCCGUCGUCGUGGUCUUCCUCCUCCGCCCCGCGACGGCGAGAUCCCCCGCCGCCUUGCCCUCUACUCCGUCGAGGAAUUCGCCAUGGACCUUUCCAUGAAUCCCUUCUCGUCCGGCACACGCCUCCGGGACAUGAUACGCGCGAUACGCGCGUCCAAGACGGCCGCCGAGGAGCGGGCGGUGGUGCGGCGGGAGUGCGCGGCGAUACGGGCGGCCAUCAGCGGGAACGACCAGGACUACCGGCACCGCAACAUGGCCAAGCUCAUGUUCAUACACAUGCUCGGCUACCCCACCCAUUUCGGUCAGAUGGAGUGCCUCAAGCUCAUUGCCGCCGCGGGCUUCCCAGAGAAGCGCAUCGGCUACCUCGGCCUCACGCUGCUGCUCGACGAGCGGCAGGAGGUCCUCAUGCUCGUCACCAACUCCCUCAAGCAAGAUCUUAACCACUCCAACCAGUUCAUUGUGGGCCUUGCACUCUGCGCUCUAGGGAACAUUUGUUCCGCUGAAAUGGCGCGCGAUCUGGCGCCUGAGGUGGAGAGGCUGUUGCAAACUAGGGACCCAAAUACAAAGAAGAAGGCUGCCUUGUGCUCUAUACGAAUCGUAAGAAAAGUUCCAGACUUGGCAGAGAACUUCAUGGGUUCUGCUGCAUCAUUACUCAAGGAAAAACAUCACGGAGUUCUGCUAUCUGCUGUCCAGCUGUGCACAGAACUCUGUAAAGCCAGCAUUGAAGCAUUGGAGUACUUGAGAAAGCGCUGUGUCGAAGGUUUGGUCCGGAUACUGAGAGAUGUGUCCAACAGUUCGUAUGCUCCAGAAUAUGACAUUGCUGGCAUUACAGAUCCAUUCUUACAUAUCCAAGUUCUGAGACUCAUGCGGACCUUAGGUCAAGGGGAUGCGGACUGCAGCGAGUACGUGAAUGAUAUUCUUGCCCAGGUUGCAACAAAAACUGAAUCAAACAAGAAUGCUGGAAAUGCUAUUUUAUAUGAAUGUGUUGAAACCAUAAUGGGCAUUGAAGCUACUAGUGGGUUACGUGUACUGGCAAUUAACAUUCUGGGUAGAUUCUUGUCCAACCGUGAUAACAAUAUAAGAUACGUUGCUCUAAAUAUGCUUAUGAAGGCCAUGUCAGUUGACACGCAAGCAGUGCAAAGGCACAGGUCAACAAUUCUAGAGUGUGUCAAGGUAAUCGUGCGUAGAACUCUACGUUAUAAUGUGCUUUAG